GUUUUAGGUUGAACGAGAUAAUUUUUUUUCAUUUACAUUUUUCAUCUACCAGAUGGUGAACAUAUUAACCUGUCCAACAUAUUAACAUGUCACUACAUUGACAAAUUUUUACAAUAGCAAAUUCAAUAUUACUAUCUUUCAAAUGCAUGUACCCAAGGUCCCUGACAUACACUCAGUCAAUCAAGCAUAUAUUUGGAACAUGUCAUGCCCAACCUUUCGCUCACUAUAUAAACACAAAGUCCUUCCCAACCAAAAAGAAAAAUUUAAUUACAUGAAGACAAUUUUGUGCAGUGCCUAACACCACCAGCUGUUCUUACAUAAUUUCCAACAACAGUGGAGCCAAAUUGCUCUUUCUCAGACAAAGCUUUUAGAUGGAGGAUUUGCACAAGUUAGUAGAACAACAAGAGGUGUCGAAUACGGAAAGACCAGAUGAGGAAGAUGACCAAUUUGACCCUGAGACCAACAACCUCCAUCAGCCUCUGCUCAAGAGGAACAGGACACUUUCGUCGAACCCUCUUGCCAUUGUUGGAGCCAAGGUUUCUCAUAUAGAGAGCUUGGACUAUGAGAUCAAUGAGAAUGAUUUGUUUAAGCACGAUUGGAGGAGCAGAUCAAGAGUUCAAGUGUUGCAGUACAUUUUCUUGAAAUGGUUUCUGGCAUUCUUAGUUGGACUUCUAACAGGAGUAAUAGCAACUCUAAUCAAUCUUGCUAUUGAAAAUAUUGCUGGGUACAAACUUCUUGGAGUGGUUAAGUAUAUUGAACAAGAAAGAUACCUAAUGGGAUUCGUAUUUAUGGCCGGAGCAAAUUUUCUUCUAACUCUGGUAGCUGCCGUUCUGUGCGUUUGCUUCGCACCAACGGCAGCCGGCCCUGGAAUUCCCGAAAUCAAAGCUUAUUUAAACGGAGUCGACACCCCAAACAUGUUUGGCGCCACAACAUUGAUUGUUAAGAUCAUCGGCAGCAUAGGUGCCGUGUCAGCGGGCCUGGACCUUGGUAAGGAAGGCCCACUUGUCCACAUUGGCAGUUGCAUUGCUUCCCUUCUGGGCCAAGGUGGGCCCGACCGCCACCGAAUCCGCUGGCGGUGGCUGCGCUACUUCAACAACGACAGGGAUCGGCGUGACCUCAUCACGUGCGGGUCUUCUUCGGGUGUCUGCGCGGCCUUCCGUGCGCCAGUUGGCGGCGUCCUAUUCGCCCUGGAGGAGGUGGCCACCUGGUGGAGGAGCGCCCUCCUCUGGCGCACGUUUUUCAGCACGGCUGUUGUGGUCGUCGUCUUGAGGGCGGUGAUGGAGUAUUGCAAGUCGGGGGAUUGCGGGCUGUUUGGGAAAGGUGGGCUGAUUAUGUUCGACGUGAGUGGGGUCUCCGUGAGGUACCAUGUAGUGGAUAUAAUCCCGGUGGCCGUGAUUGGGGUGCUCGGUGGCAUUUUGGGGAGUCUCUAUAACUACACUCUCCACAAGGUGCUCAAGGUCUACAAUGUCAUAAACAAGAAAGGAAAAAUCCACAAGCUCCUCCUCAGCCUAAGCGUCUCCGUAUUCACCUCCGUUUGCUUAUACGGCCUCCCCUUCCUAGCCCAAUGCCGACCCUGCUCACCCUCCGACCCGUCUUGCCCGUCUUCGGGCCACCUCAAGCGCUUCAACUGCCCCCCGGCCCAUUACAACGACCUCGCCACACUCCUCCUCACCACCAACGAUGAUGCCGUGCGAAGCGUAUUCUCCAUCCAAACCCCCGCCCAAUAUUCCCUUCCUUCCCUCGUAAUCUUCUUCGCCCUUUAUUGCAUCCUCGGCCUCAUCACCUUCGGCAUCGCCGUCCCCUCGGGCCUCUUCCUCCCGAUAAUCCUCAUGGGCUCAGCCUACGGCCGCAUUCUGGGCCUUGCCAUGGGCCCAUACACAAAGAUCGACCCAGGCCUUUACGCCGUCCUCGGGGCCGCCUCACUCAUGGCCGGCUCCAUGCGCAUGACCGUCUCCCUAUGCGUAAUCUUCUUGGAACUCACCAACAACCUCUUGUUGCUUCCCAUAACAAUGUUGGUCCUAUUGAUCGCAAAAACCGUGGGCGACUGCUUCAACCCGAGCAUAUACGAGAUAAUUUUGGAGCUCAAGGGGUUGCCGUUUUUGGACGCGCAUCCCGAGCCGUGGAUGAGGAAUAUCACGGUGGGUGAGCUGGUGGACGUGAAGCCGGCGGUCGUGAGCCUCAACGGGGUUGAAAAAGUCGGGCGGAUAGUGGAGGUUUUGAAGAACACGACGCACAACGGGUUCCCGGUGGUGGAUACGGGAAACGGGGCGAACGAGCUUCACGGGCUGGUUUUGCGGGCCCACUUGGUGUUGGUGCUGAAGAAGAAGUGGUUUUUGGGGGAGAGGCGGAGGACGGACGCGUGGGAGGUGAGGGAGAAGUUCACGUCGAUCGACUUGGCGGAGAGGGGGAUGACGAUUGAUGAGGUGGCGGUGGGGAAGGAGGAGAUGGAGAUGUAUGUGGAUUUGCACCCGUUGACAAACACGACUCCGUACACAGUUGUCGAGAGCAUGUCCGUGGCUAAGGCGAUGGUGCUGUUCAGGCAGGUCGGGCUCCGGCAUAUGCUCAUUUUGCCGAAAUAUCAGGCUGCAGGGGUUUUUCCGGUGGUGGGGAUUCUGACUAGGCAGGACUUGAUAGCACACAACAUUUUGAGUGUUUUUCCUCAUCUGGAAUCAAAAGGAAACAAGAAGGGACAUUGA